AUGAUUAGUUUAAAGCAUAUUUUAAUAUUUUUAUCAAGUUGGUGGUUUCUAGAAAAAAUCAUCACACUUGACGUAAAGCUAUGCUCUUGUAUGUAUGAAGAGUACCCAGACCAUGAUUUGGACAUGACUCCACCGGAUUCUCUGGACCGAGAGGAGGACUUCCACGACGAUAUCCCCUACUACAACGAGUGGAACGAGAAAAUGGCCGACUUCCACCCAAAAUCGCUACUUUCAGUUUUAAUCUCGCCCAAAUCGAGCGAAGUGUUUUAUGAAACGGUUGUUAAGCAGCCGACAACAAUCAAGGGCAUGUUCUUCACGACUUCCAAAGAUGAUUAUUUAAGUGUUCAAGUUGUAGUUAGAUCUCCAAUCAACCAAGUUUUGUAUACUAAUGAUUCCCCUGAAGGUUUGUUUUCAGUGGAUGCGAACAUGGUUGGAGACUAUCAAAUAUCGCUCACAAACACCCACUGGAUGACUCCAGUGGCAGUGACCUUCGCUACCGGCACAGACGAUCACUCGAUUUUGAAGACUGAACAUGUGGAAAACACCUUUAAUAGGAUUAAAAAACUAGAAGAGCACAUUGAUAACAUUUACUCUCAGUUUAGGUACUUUUGGACUCACAAUAACAGGCAAAUGAACGCCACCAAAAAGGCCCAGGGCCGUUUACUGCUCUACGCUCUUCUUCAAUUCACUGUAAUUCUCGUCUGUUCACUCAUAAGCAUUUGGUACGUGAAGAAGACCGUCUCCAAUAAAAGGAUUCUAUAG